AUGCUGCCAAGCUCAUCCAACCAUUCUCCUCCGUUGUUAACUUCUUCGGGUUCAUCGAAUCAUCAUCAUGAAUUGCCUCCGAGCUCCACUUCUCAUCACUCCUCCUCGAAAAUCAAUUCAACUUUUUCACUCCUCGCUCAAAAUUUGAAUUCUCUCUUCUCCUAUUUGAAAAUUCAAUGGCUCAUGGUGUACUCUAAAAUAUCAUCCGUUUUUAUUCCACUCAUUUCAUCACUGAUGGGCAUGUCCACUUCUAAAAAGGUAGCUUCCAAAAAUAGAAUUUCUUGGCAAACGAUUCAAACUCUUCUAUUUGCCACUCUCAUUUUCCUUUCUGUUGUUUUCAUCAUUGCUUUUUCGAUUAAAUUUGCAUCAAAGAGUAAACACUUGCUCUCAGAAAAUAUUUCCUACUUCACAGAUAAAGUUUUUAGACUUCGAAAGACAAAUCCGAUUAGUGACGUGGAUAUCCCAAGUGAUAAUCACAAAAUGUUCGCUAAAUUGUUAAACGAUGGAAGUGUGAAUCAAGAUGAAAUCAACGAAGGACUUUCAGAAGAUUUUGUGAAAAAGUUGGAUAAUUUUGAAGUCGAUUCGAACCCACAACCACAACAACAAUCGAGUGAAACGGACGAAAGUGACAUUUCCAAGAGAAUGCAAUCCAUCCUAAUGUCACCCAAUGAAUUGUCUCGUUUCCGUUUCAAUGAUUAUUCCAAUGUCUUUUGCACUCACAAUUUUAUUCGAGAAACCUAUCGUGCUUGUUUAGCUUAUAAUUUAUGUUAUCGUCGAGGAAAGAAUGGCGCCGAUGGUGAAUAUAUCUAUUUCCAAAAUAUUGAUGAUUAUAGUCGUCGAUCGACUUAUCAUUACGAUUCACAAGGAUUUGGUGCUUCGUUUUUUAAAGAUGGAUCCAUUCUUGCUGGUGUGGAAGGAAGAACGAAUUGGGAAGUUCCACAACGUACAUGGAUUCGUGUGAAAGUGUUAAAUUCCUCUCUGAGCGAAUACAUUGAAAAAGAAAAAGUGAGUGUUGGAUGGGUUACUAAACGUUCAGUCCUUUUGAAGCGUCACAGAUGUACCAAUGCUGCUCACUGCAUGACAGAAACGAUUUAUCCAGCAUUUGCAUUGAUGAGAGAAUUUUGGGAACCAAUGCCAUUCGGAAAAGAUAUUGACAACUUUAGAGAUGUUUAUUUAGUAUUCGCAGAAGAAGAGGAUGAAGAAUGUGAUUGUGCCAAAGAUAUGUUAACUUGUGGAACUGACAAGAAUGAUGUGGCUUCAAAGAAGAGAGCAUGUCAAACAUUUUCAAGAAGAUAUGGAAGUAUUUUGUCGAAACAUCCAAAUCAAUUGAUUCGAACCGUUUCGAAAGAGAAUGAUUUGACAUGUUUCACAAAUGUUGUCAUGGGAAGUACUUCGUAUGGACUUUUUGGAGACUUGGGAUUUAGAAAUGUCGGUGGCUAUUUGAAACAAUUCCGAGAUUUAAUUUAUCAAUUGCAAGAUUUAAAAAUUGAAUCCUCAAAAACGAGAAUUGAAAAGAAAACUCUCGUUCUCACCAUCUACAACAAGAGAAGAGGUUUUCGAAGAAUUGAACGAGUCGAAGAACUCUACGAAAGAGCCAAAGAAGCAUUUUCCACUUAUACCUACAUUUCCAAAGAUAUCAAUGUUCAAUUCAAUGUGAAAGUGUCACUUGUCACUUUUGAAACUUUAUCCUUCGAAGAUCAAGUUCAACUCAUGUAUGAUACCGAUGUAUUCUUGUCUCCAUUUGGAUCUGCUAGUUUUAACUCAAUUUUAAUGUCCUCAGGUGCUGUCUUGUUGACCUUUCCCAAUGGUUAUGAACCUGAUAAGAUUUCAAGUAGAAUUUAUGAACACGAUUUAUUCCAUGGUCAUAUGUGGUAUCAGAAUUUGAUUUAUCCAUCAAUGGCUGAUGAGAUUUAUUUCCCACCUCACGCUGAAGCUGGCAGUUAUUUGUGGAAAUGGGAAAAGAUGAAAGUGUUAAUUACUACGGCUUUGAAUAUGAGAAUUCAUUAUUUGAUGUCAACUUCUGAAUAG